GUUUUUUUUUUACAUUAAAUAUGUCGAAAUUUGUGCCAACAAAACGGCAUUUGCGGGAAGCUUUGCUUUUUUUUGCUUCCAUUCAAAAAAAAGUGUUGCUGAAAGUCAACAAAUGUUGUCGGAAGCUUAUGGUGAUUAUGCUCCAUCGAUUUCAACAUGCGAGUACUGAUUUUGACGCUAUAAAAUAGGUGAUUUUAACACGGAAGACAAGAAACGUCCAGGCCAGCCGUAAAAGUUUGAGGAUGAGGAAUUGGAAACUUUCCUUGAUCAAGACCCGCUGGGUAGAACCAAAAUCCAGGUGGGAACAACCCUGAAGUACCUGGGGUUGACCCUGGACGGCCGGUGGGGCUUCGUCGAGCAUUUCGACGACAUUGCCCCACGGUUGGACAAGAGGACCAAUGCCCUCAGAGGUCUGAUGCCCAACCUCCGGGGCCCGGGUAUAGGUGCGAGAUGCGCGUAUAUGCACGCAGUCAUGUCCGGGGCGCUAUACGGCGCCCCGGUCUGGUGCGGGGCGAUGUGGGCCAGCAGCAAGAUUAAGAAGCAUUUGCAUUCAGUGCAAAGGCUGCUGGCCCUAUUCGUUGCGCGCGCGCUUAUCGCACCUCUUCAAACAACGCCAUAAUGGUUCUAGCAAGAGUGCCACCAGUACAAUUCCUGGCAACGGCCCGAGCUACCAUGUACGCUCGGGUCAAAGCCUCCCGCCUACGGGGCAACGUCAUUCCCCCGAGGACCAUGGCGUCGUGGAGAGAGAGAGCCCGUCGGCGGGCGAUCGAAGUAUGGCGAGACCACCUCCUCAAAAACCCGCCGACAGUGGGCACCCGGGUUCUGGAGGCCGUCCUCCCCCACCUGGAGGAGUGGGUGGACCGCCCAUGGAGCGGUCUAUCUUACCGAAUGACGCAGGUGCUCACCGGACACGGUUGUUUCGGUGAGUACCUGUGUCGAAUAGGGAAAGAGCCGACAACGCAUUGCCACCACUGUGAUGCGAAAAGGGACUCUGCGCAGCACACGUUGGAGCAUUGCCCAGCGUGGGACGAGCUGCGCAGAGUCCUGAAAGACAAAAUCGGAGAAGAUCUCUCCUUGGGGGCCGUUGUUGCUAAGAUGGUUCUCAGGGAGAGUUGUUGGAAGGCGGGCGCCUCCUUCUGUGAACAAGUGAUGUUGCAGAAGGAGGCGGCCGAGACGGCGAGAGAGAGACAGCGAGGAGGAAGACCCGGGGCGGGUAGCAGGCAACGAUGA